UGACGUCACGGCGCCGCUGUCAGAGAGGCAGGAGACCCGCCCAGGCAGCAGCAGCUUCUCUUCCUUCGAGUGUGGGCGGCAGCGGAGCCCGGGUUGUAGGCUACAGAACGGCAGUGGACGGGCUCUAUGUGACGUUACGCGGAAUCGCAGCAUUACCGCCUGUGUGAACGCCUGUCCCUCCUCCCGGCUCUUCAUUCUUCUGUAUAGGGACCGGUGGCGGCCGCUCGGUGGUAACCGCGGCCCCUGCUGCGAGGGCGGCCAUGGACGAGCAGGCGGGGCCCGGCGUUUUCUUCAACAACAAUAACAAUUCGCUGCUGUCCGCUGCCGCUGCGGGGACUCAGGGGGCCGGCAAGGGAUUCGAGGCCGGGGCUGGCGAUUCGGCGGCCGGCGGUGCAGGAGGAGGCGGCACCGGGGCGGCGGGCAGGGCCCAGUACAGCAUCCCGGGCAUCCUCCACUUCUUGCAGCAUGAGUGGGCCCGCUUCGAGGUGGAGAGAGCGCAGUGGGAUGUGGAGCGGGCCGAGCUGCAGGCUCAGAUAGCUUUUCUCCAAGGUGAAAGGAAGGGACAAGAGAAUUUAAAGAAAGAUCUAGUCAGAAGAAUAAAGAUGUUGGAAUAUGCAUUAAAGCAAGAAAGAGCCAAAUACCACAAGCUGAAGUAUGGCACAGAGUUAAAUCAGGGAGAUGUGAAGCCACCGAACUAUGACUCUGACGAAACAAAUGAGGCGGAUGUCCAGCCACAACCACAAAACAGCCAGUUUAUAUGGAAACAGAGCCGACAGUUACUAAGACAGUAUCUGCAAGAGGUCGGCUAUACAGACACCAUAUUAGAAGUGAAGUCAAAGCGGGUGCGUGCGUUGUUAGGGAUUUCUGCUGAUUCUUCAGAUCGAAUCACGGACACAAAUCAGGACUCCAUGGUAAAUGGCACAGAGACUGAACUUCCCAACCCACUGGUCAUCGGGAAGCCAGAUAUGACUGACUCUGCCUCUGUUCUCGAAACAUUUAAAUUUCUGGAAAAUGCUGCUGCUGAGUUCAGUGACGAAGAGGAUGAUGAUGACAAUGAUGGCAGAGACAAGACCAUUAUAGAUGCUGCAACGAUCGUGAGAAGACGGGUCGUGCCUGAACCUAAUGAAGACAGGGACACAGAGGAGGCUUUGAAAGAGUUUGACUUCUUGGUGUCAGAUGAUACUGACGGUGCAGAAUCCAGGAGUGCUGGUGAUGGCACUGAAUGGGAAAAGGAAGACCAGUGCCCCAUACCGGAAUCCUGGAAUAUCGAUCAGGGAGUAAUAACCAAACUCAAGGAACAAUACAAAAAGGAGCGCAAGGGGAAAAAAGGGGUGAAGAGGCCAAACAGAUCGAAGCUUCAGGAUAUGCUGGCAAACCUUAGAGAUGUUGAUGAGUUACCAUCAUUACAGCCCUCUGUGGUGCCCUCCUCAAGACCUGCGAGCUCUCGACUCAGCGACGCAGAAGUAAACCGAACAGAUGAAGUUGAAGCCUUAACGUUUCCACCAUCAUCUGGAAAAUCUUUCAUCAUGGGAGCAGAUGAGGCAUUAGAGAAUGAACUAGGACUGGGAGAACUGGCAGGACUCACAGUGGCCAAUGAGGCAGACUCUUUGACGUAUGAUAUUGCAAACAACAAGGAUGCACUUAGAAAAACAUGGAAUCCUAAAUUUACUCUUAGAAGUCACUUCGAUGGAAUUCGGGGACUUGUGUUCCACCCAACAGAGCCAGUCCUUGUAACCGCAUCAGAAGAUCAUACGUUAAAAAUGUGGAACCUGCAAAAGACUGCUCCCGCCAAAAAGAGCACUUCACUGGAUGUGGAACCAAUAUACACUUUCAGGGCACACAGGGGCCCAGUACUGUGUGUAGUGAUGAGCACUAAUGGGGAGCAGUGUUACAGUGGAGGAACAGAUGGUGUCAUUCAGAGCUGGAACACUCCAAAUCCUAAUGUGGAUCCAUAUGAUUCUUAUGAUCCUUCAGUCCUGCGAGGCGCAUUUGAAGGCCACACUGACGCUAUAUGGGGCUUGGUGUACAGUGCGGCUCAUCAGCGUUUGUUGUCCGCCUCAGCAGAUGGCACCGUUAGAGUAUGGAAUGCACUAGAAGCUGCUCCGGCAUUAAGCAUAUUUAAUGAUAACCAAGAAUUAGGAAUACCUUCCUCUGUGGACCUAGUCAGCAGUGACCCAGCUCACAUGGUUGCAUCUUUUGAUAGUGGGCACACAAGUAUUUUCAAUAUGGAGACACGGCAGAAAGUUUUAACAUUAGAGUCUUGUAUAGAAACAGUAUCUAGCUGCCAGAUAAACCGAGUAAUUAGCCAUCCAACUCUUCCAAUUACCAUCACUGCUCAUGAAGAUCGUCACAUCAAGUUUUACGAUAACAACACAGGAAAACUCAUCCAUUCAAUGGUUGCACAUUUAGAUGCCGUAACAAGUUUAGCCGUUGAUCCAAAUGGAUUGUACCUGAUGUCUGGCAGUCAUGACUGUUCUAUACGUUUGUGGAACUUGGAGAGCAAGACCUGCAUACAGGAGUUCACUGCCCACCGCAAGAAAUCGGAUGAAUCUAUUUAUGAUGUGGCGUUCCACCCAUCCAAGUGCUACAUAGCCAGUGCGGGCGCAGAUGCUCUUGCCAAAGUUUUUGUAUGACACCAUGCUUACCUGUAGUUUUUAAUUUACUGAAGCAGCCACAUGAAACCAGAGACAAGCUACUAAUGACUGAAGAUUUGAUUUAACCGGCCGUUCUUUUCUUCUUGUGUUCAAUAAUCAGGAUAAGAUGUUGUGGGCUUAGUUUUGCGGGGUGCUGUUUUCUAAAUGAAUGGUUUGUUCAGGGUGCUGUGAACUCGACUCGUGCUUGGAGCCAGGAUUCUGUCUUUCAAAUGACCUCUGAGCUACAGUAUAGCAGCAUUUUAUUUUUAAGAGUGCACAUUUGACCAGGCAGGCCUGGAUCAAACUAAUUUCCAACCUCUGGCGUAUUUUGCGGUUAUGGCAAAUGGGACAAUGUAAAAAAUAAAAAUAAAAAAAAACCUGGCCUGUGGGAUGGCAAAUAACUACAAUAUAUGAAACACAUUGGGGCAAGUCCUUACCACUCCUCUUUCUCACUUACAGCUCCUGCAAGCGUAUUUGGUGGAAAUUACAGACCUCUUACUUGACAGUUCUCAUUGUGUAUCCUUCUCAUAGUGGCACUGUCGAUUGAGAAGGGAAGCAUUUCCCAGACCAUUGGGGCUGCUAGUAACAAGUGAACUCAGUGUAAAAACAAGACAAAAGAACACACCUUCUAUUUUAACUGCUUUGUUUAGUAUCCGUUGUGUUGUGUUCUUUGAAUGUACUUCUGGGUAAAAUACCAAAAUAAAUUUCUAAAAGGGAUAAAUGUGUUGAAUACAUGAAAGGUCCAUUUUAAAUAUCAAUUUCAAUUGUUGGCGUCGUCAGAACGGUAGUGUUUCUAUAGGGGUUUUUAGCCCUGAUCGCGAGAUUCCCCAAAGCAUCAGUUUUACAUUGUCUCCAUUAGUUUUUUUUUUUUACACUUUUACAAAUCUAUAAUGCCCCCCGCCCCCUUUGCAAUUCUGCUUUUCAUACUUGUACAUAAGAAUUUAUCAAGUUUAAUGAUCUUUGUCACUAGACACAGGAAAUAAAUGACCCCAUUCCUGUGCUGUUCCUGAGCUUGGUGCCCACUCUUUUGUGCAUCUGUUAUUAGAUGUGCACACCAUUAAAUGUAUUGCUGCCAUUAAGAUGUAAUGUUUACACAGGUUGUCUAAGGUUAGAAACGCCACACUUGCCCAUAAGCUGUGUUUGGUAUUGCAGCUCUGCUCUAGUCAUGUUAAAGACGCUGAGCUCUAACACCAAACACAGGUCAACGUGGACAAGUGUGGUAUAGUUUAUAAACUCUUUUUUUUCCUAACCCCAGACAACCCUCUUUUUAAAUGGCACUAUUUCAGUAGACUCUUCAAAAAUAUAUUUAUUAAUAUAUAGUGUAGUGAACCAUGGUGACUACACUAGGAGCUGAUAGUGCUGCUGCAUUACAUUUACUUAGAAAAAUUAUGUGCCCCACACACAAACACACCAUUCCUACCAUCCCUUUUUUUUUUUUUUUUUUAGUGAUUGAUGUCAUCUUUGUGAAACUAAGUGUUUUUGGCUGUUUAAUAUCGAUGAACUCGGGAUAGAUCAUCAAUAUCUGAUUGAUGGGGGUCUGACUCCUGACACCCCCACCCAUCAGCUGUUUUAAAGAAACCUCGCCUCUUCCUAAGCCUGGGACGUCACGUUCUUUGGUCACAUGGUCUCGGCCAGUGAUGGGCAAACUGCGGCUCUCCAGCUGUUGUUAAAAACUAUCCCAUCAUGCCCUGCUGUAGACUGAUAGCUGUAGGCAUACUGGGAGUUGUAGUUUUACAACAGCUGGAGAGCCGCAGUUUGCCCAUCCCUGGCCUAAGCGCAGCUCGAUCCCAUUCAAGUCAAUGGGCCCACGCUGCAAUACCAAACACAGCCACUAUCAAAUUGGUGGUGCUGUGCUCUGUUAGCUGUGAGAAGUCUGCGGCUCUCACAGGAGCGCUGCAGCCUCUUUAAACAGCUAAUUGGCAUGGGUGACAGCUGUCAGACCCCUGCCUAUCUGAUAUUGACCUAUCCUGAAGGUAGGUCAUCAAUAUUAAAGCGUAAUUACACUUUUUUAAAUGUUUGAUAUGUCAUAGGGACAAAUCAAAAGUGUUGAUUUGUCGGGGGUCACAGCUCUGAGACUCCCCCCAAUUGCUAGAACGAGGUGUUGGAAGCACUCAGUCGAGCACAGCUUCUAGCUGCUGAGUGCAAGACUGUAGCUGUGCUCAUAGACUUUCUAUUGAAACGGUCUACAGUCUUGCGCUCAAUGAGGAGAAGCUGCACUCGGCUGAGCGCUUCUUGCCCUCAUUCUAACGAUUGGUGGUGGUAGAGCUGAGACCCCUGCCGAUCAAUACUCCUGAAAUGUCUUACAUCUCAAAAAUUUAAAAAUAAAAAGUGUAGUUACUCUUUAAACACCCCGAAGACCUCUUUUAAUGCAACAUAUCUUGUCGCCCCAUUAGAACAAUGCACCUGGACUUUAACAUUAUACACUGAUCUUUGGUUGUUGCUAGUCUUUCUCAGAGUGGCUUGGGAACACUGUUGGCCUCUUGUAACAGUGAUAUUUGUGCAAACUACAUUUAAAUGGCUGCACAUCUAAGAAGAAGCAAACUGAAACGCCACUGAUGUAACACAAUGAUUUUAAUAUCUUCGGUUUGUUUAAAGGAAAGAAGUGAACUAUGUGGCUUUUUACUUAGACAUUUGAAAUUGUGGAUUAUUUGUGUAUUUGACUUUUUGUUCAUUUUUUUUUUUUCUUACUUUCUUUUUAGACUAAGUAAUUACAAAGAUUUAUUUGGAAAUUCUAAAAAAAGCUAUGUAUAUUAUAUAUAAAUAUAUAUAUAUAUUGUAAACAUAUAUUAAAUGUGUUGAGUAUGGGAUGACUCAAGGGGUGCAUUUUAAUCUUUUUGUAUUGAGUUCUUCUAAGUGUACACAAAGAUAAUGGUAUGGGUAUGACAUUGAGUAUUUUGCUGUUACAUACUAUAAUACAAUUUGCAGCUGUUUCAAUUGAUGUACAUACAUCUUAAGUUGGCAUGCUUGUUUUACUGACUGUAACAUUUAGUUGAUUAAAACCUGAAUGUAACGAAAAAUGUCUAUUUAAACUCAAGCAAGAUAGAACAAUACCACAUUGCCAUCUGUUGUAGUUUAAUUAUAGGAGUAAUCAAAGUGGACAGAAGGUGCCUUUAGUAGAGAGAGCCUUAUGGAAGAAAUAAUCUACCGACCAUAUACGCAGAAGCAAGAUUUGAUACAGACGUCCUCGAGAAAUUUAUGUGCAAGUCGUAUAUGUAUGUUCCAGUGUUCACAAUUUUUAUAAGGAAUUGGAAAUUUAGGGAAGAAAAAAAUGUUUUCGCGUGAGGGCAUCCAUUUUAGUUGAACAGUAAAAUGCACAUUUUUGAAUUUGUUUCCACUCUAGAACAUGCAAUAUCCAAUACUUGGCAUGUUCCACCAUUAUUUUGUGAAUGUGUACAUAUAUAUAGACAAUAUAUUUGGACUGUAGAAAUUUUGAAACAUUGAAAUUAGAUUUGCAAUCGACUGCGUGGAAUCGGAGAAAUCACAUUUUGGUCCAAACCUCCAUUGAAUCUAUGAGUAUUGGUUAUGUGAAUUGAAAUAAAUAUGAAUGAGUGCUGGGUAAAGUCAACUUGCUAUGGUAAUUUUUAUUUUCAAUCUUUAAUAAAGGGAAGACCACUUGGAUGAA